AUGGGGAUGGUGUUCAUGUGUAGUUCAAAAACAAAAACAGACUGUUUUCGCUACAAGAUUCUUGGACUUCCUGCAAAUAAACAAGAUCAAGUAGCAAAGAUUUAUAAAGGAAUGAGAUUGUUUCUGUUUGAUGUUGAUCUCAGAUUAAUGUAUGGAAUCUUCAAAGCUGCUGGACCCGGUGGUUAUAACAUUGAACCAAAAGCUUUCAAAAAUGAAUUCCCAUCUCAAGUUCGAUUUAGUGUGCUUGAUGAUUGUUUGCCAAUAGCAGAAGAGAAUUUUAAGGAUGUCAUUAAAGAAAACUACUACACACAGAAUAACUUUGAAGGUCUCCUGAAAGCCGAUCAGGUUCCUUAUUCUGUUUUAUAA